AUGUCGAACACCGACUUCCUCGGCCGCGCGAUCGAGCAGGUGCGUAAGGCCAUCGAGGCCGACAACGCGGCCCAGUACGAGAAGGCGUACCAGAUGUACUACCAGUCGCUCGAGUUGUUCAUGCUGGCGCUCAAGUGGGAGAAGAACCCCAAGUCCAAGGAGAUGAUCCGGGCCAAGACGGGCGAGUACAUGGACCGGGCGGAGAAGCUCAAGUCGCACCUGGCGGACGCGGACGGCAAGCGCAAGAAGCCCGGCAUGCUGGGCGCCAACGGCACGUCGACGGGCGGGACGGGCAAGGGCAAGGACGGCGACGAGGGCGCGGCGGCCGGCGGCGAGACGCUCGACGAGGACAGUAAGAAGCUUCGCAACGCGCUGGCCGGCGCCAUCCUGCAGGACCGCCCCAACAUCAAGUGGGAUGACGUGGCCGGCCUCGAGGGCGCCAAGGAGGCGCUCAAGGAGGCCGUCCUGCUCCCCAUCAAGUUCCCACAUCUGUUCCACGGCAAGCGGCAGCCUUGGAAGGGCAUCCUGCUGUACGGCCCGCCGGGAACCGGAAAGAGUUACCUCGCUAAGGCCGUCGCGACGGAGGCCAAGAGCACAUUCUUUAGCGUGAGCAGUUCGGAUCUGGUAAGCAAGUGGAUGGGAGAGAGUGAACGGUUAGUUAAGCAGCUCUUUGCCAUGGCGCGAGAAAACAAGCCGUCCAUCAUCUUCAUCGACGAGAUCGACGCGCUGUGCGGCCCCCGAGGCGAGGGCGAGUCCGAGGCGUCGCGGAGGAUAAAGACGGAAAUGCUAGUGCAGAUGGACGGCGUGGGCAAGGACAGCAAGGGCGUGCUGAUCCUCGGCGCGACAAACAUUCCCUGGCAGCUGGACGCCGCCAUCAGGCGCCGGUUCCAGAGGAGAGUGCACAUCAGCCUGCCCGAUCUGGCAGCGCGGACAACCAUGUUCAAGCUGGCCGUGGGCGACACAAAAACGGCCCUCCAGCCCGAAGACUUCCGCGAGCUGGCCGUACAAGCCGAAGGCUACUCUGGCUCGGAUAUUGCCAUUGUGGUGCAGGAUGCGCUGAUGCAGCCCGUGCGCAAGAUCCAGCAGGCGACGCAUUUCAAGAAGGUGACCCACGAAGACAAGGAGAUGUUAACACCGUGCUCACCGGGCGACCCGGACGCGAUUGAGAUGGGGUGGGAGAGCGUGCCAUCGGAGGAGCUGCUCGAGCCGUACGUGGAGAGGAAGGACUUCAUCAAGGCCAUCAAGUCGAGCCGGCCGACCGUGUCGGAUGUCGAUCUCAAGCGCAACGAGGAAUGGACCCACGAGUUUGGUAGCGAGGGCGCAUAA